CUGUUUGACGCACAGCAGCUCUGAGAGCGACUUCAGCUGGAUUCUCUGAUCGAUCACAUCAGAGUGAGAGGAGGCAAAGUGAUGGAGGCGAUCAGAAGCAGAAUAUUAGUUUUAUAGCGGAACUUUACGCACCAAGGUUUAGGACAUCGCAGCUUUGGAAUUAUCAUUUUUCUCAUAUACAUAUAUAUUUUUUAAACUUCUCACCCACUGUCGAAAAUGCCUGGCUUUGGAGUUUGGAUUAACGCAAUUUGGAUUUUACUUUUUGCCAUUUUUGACGUGUCUCUGUCCAACUAUUCCGAAGAUCAGUGCAGCUGGAGAGGAAGUGGUUUGUCCCAGCAGCAGGGCAGCGUGGAGCAGAUCUCCCUCCACUGCUCCGAGGGCACCCUGGACUGGCUGUAUCCCAAAGGAGCCCUGCGCCUCACCCUGUCGCCCCGCCUGCCCUCGGUGGCCGUGGGUCCCAGCGGCAGCAGCUCGGGCCUCAUCACGGCCUGCGUCAAGCCCUCGGAGCAGUUCCACGGAGCCCAGCUCUACCUGGAGAGGGACGGCGUCCUGGAGCUGCUGGUGGGGGACCGGCUGGAGUCGUCUCCCCCGCCGAGGGUGCGCUGCUUCAGCCGGCUGCCCGGUGAGAGGGUGGCCCUGUUCCUGCAAGCGACGCCUCACCAGGACAUCAGCAGGAGGAUUGCAACCUUCCGCUAUGAGCUGAGAGGGGACUGGACGGCUCGGUUGUCUCUGGACUCCAACCCAAUCAGCAGUGAAGAUGCCUGCAGACCCUGCAACAACACCGAGAUCCUGAUGGCUGUUUGCACCAGCGACUUUGUGGUGCGAGGGAACAUCCGCUCAGUGGAUGAAGACGAGAACUUGCGGGCAGCGGUGAUAAAGGUCAGCGCCACCCGAGUGUUUCGUCAGAAGUACGCCCUGUUCACCGGCAGCAGUCGCCUGAGCAGCCGAGGCGAGAUCCGGACUCUGCUCCAGUGUGGCGUCAAACCGGGACCCGGCAGCUUCCUCUUCACCGGCCGAGUCCACUUCGGCGAGGCCUGGCUGGGCUGCGCUCCCCGAUAUAAGGACUUCCAGAGGGCCUACACGAUAGCCAAAGCAGCCCAGCAGAUACCCUGUGAACUGCCCGUAGACUGAGACAAAAACUCCGCAGCAAGCUUGUCUGUCAACCAGAAUGGAAGCUGUGCUGAAAGUCGGGCCAAACUCAGCCCCGUUUCAGGCAGAAGCCUCGAUGUGCACAUGUUGGCACUGAAUCACCAGUGGUCUUCUUGAAGGGCCGAGGAGUGAAAUGGAAUCCUUCCAACGCCAUUUCAGUGCAAUACGCAGUCGCCUGGUCCGGAAAAGACCCGGUGGUGUCCUGACAUGAGGGGACGAUUUCACAAACAGAGGCGCCACAAAGCUGGUAAAAUUAUCAAAAAGCUUUCCAUUGGAGACACAUUGAGUCAAGCCAUUAAUUCAGGCCAACUGAGAGUCAUCAAAACUCAGGAAAAUUCAUGAAAAGUUCCUUAGAAAGCUUGUUGUCCUGUUGAGGACACACUUAAGGCAGGUGAUGCUGUGGUCUAAGAUUUCAAAAUGUCUACCUUUCUUCCACAGACAAUGCCGGGACAUUGAUGUUUAGCCUUCAGUGUUACUAUUAUCAAGGAGAUUAUAUAAAAUCCUCACUUAAGGAAACGUUCAAAACUAUUUGCACUGAUAAAGGUAAAGGGAUUGAUCUGGAAAAAGUGUGAUGCUGCAAGCACUGAAAACCAAAUAAAAAGCAACUAUAUGUAGCAUAGUGGAGCGACUGAGAAUUUAAUAUAUGUACAGAUGAUGUGAGCACAUACAGUAGGAAUGCAAAGGUGAGGCUACGUGAGCAGCUUUCACACCUCGAGCCAGUGCUGAGAGCACUUUCAUAUUCUAGCCACUCGGAGAUUUCGCUUCUGUAAGGACAUACAGGCCUUUAAAGGUGCUGUAUUCAGAGAAUUUUUGAAAGAUAAAUAUGUUUAAUUUCUGUGGCAUGAAAUGUUUCUGCAAAAUUCUAACUAAUUGGAGUGAAUUUAAAUAAAAAGAAUAUUUAAAAGUGAGUUCAGAUGCAGGGGUCUUGCCAAAGCAGUUACUAAGCUGGUUGUUGUUAAAUCUGCUCUUUGUUGUCAUAUAUUGAUGAGAAAUAUAAAAAGAUAUUCAAUUGUAUAUAAUCAGUAAUGUUCAAAAAGACAACAGCCUUUCAUAAUUAAAGUCCAGUGGGCUUAUGCGACAUAAAGGUGGAUUGAAAAAAAGGUUUUGGUGGAAAAACAUCCACUUGGACGAGGCUAGCUCAACAGAAAACACAAAAUAUACAUUUAAUGUAUAAAUUUCUGCUCUGUAAAGUGAUCCAUAUCUAAUGUGCACUAUAUCAGCAAGGAGAAGGGGUUCAUACCAAAUUACCAUAAUGUGCUGAAUAUGUCUUAAAUGCGUACACUGCCAUGUUGCUGUUUGUUUUGUGAAUUUAUGUUAUCAAUGUGAAUGUAAAUAUGUUAAUAAGAAA